AUGCUAUCAGCAUUACUAACCUCCCUCCUUCUUGUCAUUCUGGCUGACGGUCGACCAGCCGUGUUUAAGAGGAGCCGAAGCUUUCAGGAAAUCCUCUCGGAUCCCGAAUUUAUGCAGUGGUUGAAUACCAAAUUCCCAAAUAUUGCCUACUUCCUGUCCGCUCGAAAUCAGGAGCCUUCCACCGAGACUGUGCGGGAAAUUUUUAGAUUCAUGGCAGAAUUAAAUAACUAUUACGCUAUCUAUGGACGAGCGAGGUAG